UGCAUCGGGUACCGAUAACCUCCAUCUGGGCAGAAAUUUGCUGCAGGCGGCUUGUUCAAAUCUGCAACACGCAGCAGAAACACCCAAUAAAAAACACAGGAAUGUCGCUCAGGGCUCCAAUUCCAGCUUUUUCGACGAGUUGGGCAUGAAAUAGGCAGCUUGGCUUGUCAGAUUCUCUUGCUGCUCCUGUGGACUACCGCGCCGCUCCAUCCCCAGCCGUCCCUCCCGCUCGUCCAAUUCCUGACGUUUCCCUUGCGCUUUCAAAAUGUCGGGUCACGUCCCGGCCUGGAAGCGAUUGGGCCUUAAGCUCAAGGGACCUGCAUCUGGCGAAGCUAUCGCUAGCUCGGGGGCACCCAAUACAGGACCAAAACCCACUCCGCCGAUCCCCAGCGCCCACCAAGCCCGGACAACCAACGGAAGUCCGGCGAGCGCCUUCAAAAGAAAGCUACCAGACUCUGCGUCGACGCCGGACGCUGCCGGUCCCGCGCAGACACCAAACAAGAAGCAGCGCAGGAACGACACAUCAGCAAGCCAAGGGACGCCGUCGUCUCUGAGGAAAUCGGUGUCCUUUGCAGACGGCACUAAGGAGGACGCCGCGGACAGGACUAGCGAGGAAAAGAGACCAAAGAAGAAGAAGGCGACAAAGAAGACCGUCGCCGCCUCCAGAACCGACUUCAAUCUCGAGCCCUCCCUCAACUAUCUCCGACAGUGGCACACCGCGCGGGAAUCAUGGAAAUUUAACAAGAACCACCAGACCCUCCUCAUCAAGUACGUUUUCGACCAAGACAAGGUCCCCUCGUCCGACAUCUCCAUCUUCUACCAAUACAUCCGCGAUUUGAAAGGCUUCGUCCGGACAAGGCUACGGGAGACAGCCGCCGAGAUCAAAAAGAAAGACAUGGAGGCCGGCGCGGACGCGUUUCCCGCGACGCUCAAGGACAAGGAGACAAAGCAAAACGAGUACGACGAGACAAUAGCCCGCUUCCUGCAAGACCUCCACCAGCACCAACAACAACAACAACAACACCGCCACCAACAACCGAACGGGAAAAACCAGCCCGACAAAAAUGCCAAUGGGAAGCGCAGCCUCGACGAGGUGGAAUACGUUUUGCGCAUAGCCACUCCAGAAGUGAAACACCGCCUCCUGAAGCGUAUCCGCGCCGAAAGGGUCUUGGACGAGCUGUCAUCAUCAGACAGCGAGGAGAGCACCGCGUCGGCGGUGAGCGCGGCAGCGACGACGACAACAACAAGCGGCGCGUCCUCGUCGUCAGCAUCAACCGGCCAGGGACCAGCCACCGCCGCCACCACCGCCGCUAUCAACGGUGCCACCGGCAGGGGACGAAGCGACAGCUCCCAGCAGCCGGCCAAACGGCGCAGGUUAAGGAACGUGCGCACCGAUAUUGGUGACGACAACAGCUCUUCGUCUGAGUCCGAGUCAUCCGCGAGCGAGUCAGAUGACGAAAGCAGCAGCAGCAGUAGCGAGGACGAGGACGGCUCGGAGGAUGCCGAGAUGGUGGAUGCGGCGGCCGGCGGGGAUGCGGCCGAGUCGUCCAGCUCGAGCAGCAGUUCCUCGUCCUCCGAGUCCGAGGCAGAGUCGGAAUCGGAAUCGGAACCGGGGAACGGAACGGAGCAGGAGAGCGAGGGAAAGAGUAGCAGCAGUGAUGAGGAUUAGUGGUCCAACCUUCGUGUGGUCCCACCAGAUGAGGAUUACUGUGCCAAAUAUCCUAUCAAAUGGGCCUUGUAGAACGCUUAUGUCAUCGUACUGCUUAGGGGACGGGGAGGACAUUAUGGCGUGUUGGGUAAUGGACGAUAGAUGAUUGUGCCAGUCAAAGUUGGCAAAUUCGAAUGUACGGAAGUUGAUUCCUGUACAGCACCAUGAUAUAGCGAAAAUCC